CCCGCUGAUCCCAUCUCGAUUUGUUUAUACACGAACACGUGUCCCGACUUCGGAAUUAUAAACAAUCGUCGAGUGGAACACAUACGUACAUGUGAAGUGCUCGAACUUAUCGUGAUACUAAAAUAAAUGUGUAAACAAUGAGUCAAGUCAAUUAAGCUAGAGAUAUUAUAAUUUUAUCGGAUUUAUUUUAAUUGAUAAUAUUAUGUGAUCUUUAUGGAGGAUUAAAUGAGAAAUGAAAUGGAGAAGUUGUUGUGUUUGUAUGGAGUGGGUGAGGAGUGCCGGCGUUUCGCCGUGCGGCUUGCUGUGGCCCUGCUGGUGCUGAGCGCCGCGCAUGCUGUCGAUAUGGAGGAGUUUAUCAGUGACUUGGAUCUACCAGUGCCCACGGUGCACGUUCAAGGCGUGGUGGGUAAGAAAGCCUCCCUGCCGUGCGACACGCAGCCGCUCUCCGCGGACGACCAGGUGGCCAUGGUGCUGUGGUUCAAGGAAUCUGACGGAGAACCACUCUACAGCUAUGACGUGCGAGGGCGAGCACUAACGCAACCCAAGCUGUGGUCUUCGCCGUCCGGGUUCGGGGCGCGCGCGUUCUUCCGUGCGGCCGCCGUCCCCGCAACAUUGCUCCUAGACAACGUGUUCACCAGUGACGCUGGCGUCUACCGCUGCAGGGUCGACUUUACAAACUCACCCACUAGAAACUUGAGGCUUAAUUUCACUGUUAUCACGCCGCCAGACCGGCCUGUCAUCAUUGACGCAAAGACCAGAGACCAGACGCGUCUCCUGGAGCCCUACGACGAGGGAGAUACGCUGGAGUUGAUCUGCGAAGUUCGCGGAGGUGAUCCGAAGCCACGCUUGACUUGGUACUUGGAGAACACGGUGAUCGACGACUCGUACGAGCUGCAGAGCGACGGCGUGACAGUUAACACACUAACCUUCCCCAGUAUCGGCAGACAGCACCUGAACGUGCGGCUCAUCUGUCAGGCCUCCAACACCAAUCUAGCUCCGCCGCAGACGAAACUGCUCAUCUUAGAAAUCAAUUUAAGGCCUUUGACGGUGCAAAUCCUGAACAAGAGCCGGCAACUGUCGGCGGACAGGAGUUACGAGGUGGAGUGCAAGGCGACCGGCUCGCGGCCCGCGGCGCAGCUCACCUGGUGGAAAGGAACGCGCCCGCUCAGAAGAAACACCAAGACGUUCUCUGACACGAACGCGACGCUAAGCGUGUUGACGUUUACUCCGGAGGCGGAGGACCACGAGCGCACACUGGUCUGCCGCGCUGAGAACCCGCGCCUCGCUUCCUCGCUGCUUGAAGACUCCUGGAAACUUAAUGUACAUUACGUACCGAUAGUGACAUUAAAAAUGGGCUCCACUCUAAAUCCGGGCCACAUCAAGGAGGGCGAAGAUGUUUAUUUUGAAUGCAACGUGAAGGCAAAUCCUAAAUCGACUAGACUAUCGUGGUACAAGGGGGCGCGAGAGAUAGUGCAGAACGCGAGCACCGGAGUGAUCUUCAGUGACCAGAGCCUCGUACUGCAACGCGUCGACCGCUCCUCCAGCGGAGAGUACAGCUGCCUCGCGCACAACGCUGAAGGCAGCGCCACCAGCAACUCUGUCACCCUGCAAGUCAGAUACGCGCCGCUGUGCAAGCAGCAGCCGCAGCAGGAGCAGCAGCAGGGCGGCGUGUGGGGCGCGCUGCGGCAGGAGACUGUGGAGCUGACGUGCGCGGUAGACGCCAGCCCGCCGCCCACAACCUUCGUCUGGACACUUGAUAGCUCCGGCGGACACACUGAACUGCAGCCAAGCCUAUACAGCAUGUACAACUCAUCGUCCGUGCUGCGGUACACGCCGCUCUCGAACAUGGAUUACGGAACUAUUUCAUGCUUCGCGGUGAAUGCAGCCGGCCGGCAGGAGGCGCCUUGUGUCUACAAGAUUGUUCCCGCAGAUCGUCCAUCCACGCUGCAGAACUGUUCGAUUGUGAACCAGAGCUCAGAGAGGCUGGCGGUCGAGUGCGCGGAAGGCUUUGACGGAGGAUUGCCACAGAUAUUCUACAUGGAAGUGCUUGAGUUACCUUCUCUGGUGGUUCGAGCUAACGUGUCGUCAAACUUCACGCCGAGUUUCGAAGUGCUGGGAGUAGACAGUAGAGUGAGCUAUAUACUAAAUUUGUACUCCGCCAACUCCAAGGGCAGGAGCGAAAUAGUCACUUUAUACACGAUCGCGUUACGAUCUCCGGAUAAGUACACUGGAGGUAGCAGCGGGUUGUCGCUCUCGCCGCUGCUAGUAGCGCUGCUGUCGGCGGCGGCGUUGCUGAGUGCGGCGGUGUGCGCCGUCAUCGCCGCGUUGUACCGCCGGCACGCCGCGCGACACCGCAAGCACCCGCCCUCCACCAAUGCCUUGUAUUCGGAAGACAGUGUUGACUCGUUCCCGCGACGAGACAAGGGCGAUGACGUCACGUACUCCGCGUCGCCCAAGAUUGACUACAGCAGUCAGUACGAACUGAAGAUGGAGGGCGAUGUCGAGGAGACCGACCCCGAUAUCAUACCAUUUCACUACGACAAAAAGCCUACGGACGAGUACAGUAAGUCAUCGUUUCAAGAAAAUGAGCCGAGAAGAAUAUACAGCGAGCAGUCAUUAUUUAAUACUAAUAUAGCUUUGGUGAACCGCGGUGUGACGGCGCGCAGCGCGGACAUCGCCGCGGCGGCGGCGCGGCUGCGGCCCGAAGUGGUCACGUCCUCGCGCAGGGUGAAGGAGAGUUGCAUCUAACUGUUGUGUAUCUGUUGUUGUUAAAAGUAUUCAUUUCAGCUGAACCAAAGGAAAAUUAAAUUUAAAUAAGACUGAUUGUAGAUUUAUUUGAUACCUACGUCUAUGACGAUUUAGAUAAUGUUCCGAAUGUUCUGAAUUUCAAAUCAACCUUUCAAUAGUCUACAUAAGUACUAUAUUUUCCUUCUCUUUUUCCGUUGAAAAGUUCUACCAAACAUAGAAUAUUUCUAAGAACCCUUUGACCGAUAAAUUCUCGUUAACGUGAAAUAAACGCAAAGUAUAAAGAAUAUAAUUGAGAAAUUGUACCAUACAAUAGUCAAUUUCACAGACGAAUAACACAUACAACGCUAAGUUAAAAACGCUUUUGAAGAAAGGGUUUUUAACGAAUAUAGCGAUGAAUUACUUAAAUUUCCUUAAGAUCAUUUUCUAAACUAAAUAUUACUUCACUCGUAUAUUGAAACGAUGCCGACUCUGAAUAGCCGUUUAUAUUUAGUUGAUGUAAGGAUAAACAAAACGAUUAACUAAAGAAGCUUUGACCUCAGUCACAUGUUACUUAAAUGUACAAAAAUCUACAUAUUAUUGUAUUAUAUUAUUAUUAUAUA